UGCCAACACCUGCCAAGAAAACACACCGGACUCCAACACACGGACCAACACACCGGACUCCAACACACGGACCAACACACCGGACUCCAACACACGGACCAGCUGAUCAGCAGACAUGAGUGCCAUUAGAGACAUGAUCGGAAAGAAAGUGGGAGAGUACGUGGAGGAUAAGGUGAAGGACGCUCUGGGUUUCGGAGACAAGGACGAAGAUGAGAAGGAGAAAGAAAAAGGAGGAGGAAUCUUCUCGUUUUUUAGGGGAGACAAGAAAGAGGAGGAGGACAAGGGAGGACUGUUCUCGUUUGGAGGGGAAAAGAAAAAAGACGAGGACAAAGGAGGAUUCUUCUCAAAAAUAUUCGACAGGGACGACGACGACGACGACGAUGGCAGAAAGGAGAAGAAAGCAGGAUUCGCAGGUCUUUUCUCUGAACAGCAGGCAGGGGGCGCUGACGCGGGAGGCGAGGGAGAAAGUGCAGGAGGAAGCGGACUUAGUUUAGGAGUAAAUGAUGGAGAUUUGUUUAAUGACCUGAUGGAAGUGGCUGCAGAAAAAUCUCAAGAAUAACAAGACCAUGUCCUGACUUCUGAGAAAAACCUGAAUCAGAAGGACGACGUUCAACUGCAGCCUCAUUUCAGAUCCGUCUGUGAACCCGUCUGAAACCUGACAUCAGCUGUUGACAGAGGUUUCACAAGGACUGAAGCAAAUCUACGUUUUACUCACAAGGAACACGCCCCCAUCACAAAGUCAAACAAUACGUCCAAAAAGGAAAACAUAGCGACCGUCUGUUAGUGCCUCCUGGAAGGAUCAUUUCAAUCUCUUUAGACGAAAAUGUUUCUAAUAUCUUAUUCUGUUUAUUUCUCAGUGAGAACGCACAGGUCGUACUUUGGGGAAGAGACAGUUCUCACUGAUGCAGCAGGAUUUUUAAUGUCUGAUUAACAUCUGCAGUUUCAUUUAGAUUCUGAUUCUCUUUCAUUACAAUCGAACAUUUUCAGCACAAAUGUCAAGUUUAAGUUUCAAUUGUAUUUUUGCUUUAAAAUAUUCAGUAACACCUUUUUCCGGGGACCAUAACAAACGGAAGGUCGGAGGUCAAUGAAGUAAUUUAAUAUGUUCAUUUGUGUUUAACUGUGGUGAUAAAAUAAAUGAGAAUUCCAUUUAAAGCUGUUUGACUAAAUAUAUGUAAGAUAUGUGUCCAAAUUAAACAUUUGUUUACCAUCAAUCACAA